AUGGAGUCAGCCAUUCUCCUUUCUCAGGUUUCACCCUUUCCUGAAAGUGCAACAGCGCACGCAGUUGACUGCGUUGAGGCGCUUCAGCGGCAACGUCAAGCCAUCACCGACGAGGUGGAAAAAUCCUUUGCGACCUGCACGGUGACCACAGACCGCAAAAAUAAUUCAAAAGAGGAAGUACUCCGAUCGGCGGAGGACAAGGGAGAUCUUUCCCCUCCCCCUCCUUGUCGGAUGAAUUUCUUGAAGCUGCAUGCGAUGCAUCGCCGGCGGUUGUAUCUGCAAUACGCCGAGCAGUUUUCCCAUCUCUCGGACUCGCAUCAAUUUUACAAGCUUUUUAUGUGGUGCCAUCAUCAUCACCUUUUUAUUCACCCCAGCGUGAGGGUGGUACGCAGCCGCUCGGAGUUCCGAGAUCACGUUUUUUUCGUUUCGGAGGACGUACCACGUCUGACUCCACUCUUGGCGAUUCCAGAACACCUGACUAUUGGUUUUAAAGACGCCAAUGACGAUACGGCAGAUAGUCAAAAUAACCUGCAUGAUGCUCAACGGAUUAGGGAAUUUCAUACCCUCAAUAGUGGUGGAUCGGCCUCUGAGAAUGAUACUUGUCAAUUUUUUUUCAAUUCCUUGGGGAUGCUUGUUUCAGAUCUGGUGACGGCAAAAAACAGCCCGUUGAGCGAUCCACGCUGCUGCUUCGCGGAGCAGCUUUCAAAAACGCGCACGCUACAAAACGCACCAUAUUUUGAGGAUGAUGUUGUCUUUAGCCCGGUCGAGCCCUGUCUGGCGGAUGUGUUACUGCAAAUGAUUCGAAAUUAUAUCAGGGGAGGCCCGUUGGUCAAUAAGAUCCCCAUGCAAGAGUUGCAGUGGGCAGUAAGCAUUUGCUUAUCACACUCGACACCUCUGUGUAUCGACUCCGUGCGGUCGAUUGGAAUCCUCCCCAUCAUCCACGCGUUUCCCCAUGGAGGUGAAAAGACAAACUCCUACCUCGUCACUCGCACCUCGCGCAGUGGAGCUUCGGCGAAGAUGUCAGCUUUUUUUCGUCACGAAUUCGGGUAUGAUUUUGAUUCCAUCCACGACGGAAAAUGGAUUUACUUGCUCUCUGAUAGGCCACUUAAAGCCGGGGAGGAGAUCCACGUGCAAGCGAUGGCUCCGAUAUGUGGUAGGGACGACAUAGAGGCGCAGCAAAUCUGGCGUCUUAGCUGCGGCAGUACUCCUUCAAGCUACAAAAGUACCGCCGUGGUUGCGAAAUGUCAGGCGAAGUUGACAGCGGAUAUUCUAUCCCUUGGUGAGAAGUACUUAACUCAGGAACGGGGGGGUUGUUGA